AUGGUUUCGCCCUUGUUGCCCACGCUCUUAGGAGCUGCGUCUCUCGUGAGAUUUGGCUUUGGGCUCUUCCUCAAGCACAGCCCUGUAUCAUUUGUGCUCCUCACUGCUCUACUACAGCUGGUUCUACUGCUUUUGUGGGCAGUCUAUGUGGCACCACGACUCAGUCCUCUCCGCAAACUGCCUCUGGCAUCGCAAGGCCCGUGGUGGAGCACGUUCCUGCUUGAGCCUACACCAGAAGACCUCGAAAGAUUCAUGAAUGAGACUGCCAACAGUGGCCUCAUUCGAUACUUCGGCGUGUUUCAUGGCGAAAGGCUGCUGGUCACCAAGUCUCAAGGAACAAAGGAGAUGAUGCUUUUGCAAGCCUACAACUACGACAAGCUGCCUCUCGCGACGAAGCUCAUAGGACAAGUCACUGGGCGGGGCUUGCUAGUCGCUGCUCAGGACGAGCAUAAGCGCCAACGGAAAGCCCUACUGCCGGCAUUCAAGUACAAGUACAUCAAGGAUCUCUUUCCUCGAUUCUGGUCCUAUACCGCCAAGUUGGUUGCCGCACUGGAGAAAGAGGUCGAUCUAGUCGGCGAAGGAUCAACAGCUGUUGUCGAUGUCGAGGGUUGGAUGAUGCGUGCCACGCUUGAUGUCGUCGCAGGAACGGGGUUUGGUCUUGAAGUCAACGCCAUUGCCAAACCAGACAGCGAUCUCGCAAGGCUGCUGCCACUGUCGAAUUCAACAAGUCCGAAGGCGACAUGCUAUCGGCUUUUGGCCUUUCUGUUGCCGUACUGGCUAUACGUGCGACUGCCACUAGCGAGACGCUACGAGCUUGACCUAAUCGUCAAAGCCCUGAACGACGCCACUGGGCCAUUGAUUCGAUCGAGGAGAAAGGCUCUGGCUGGCAAGCAGAUACUGGAUCGAGAUGCUGCUGAUGAUGACGACAAAGCCGCAUCUGAGUCUCAGACGGCCACGGAGACAGAUGUAGUCUCGACCCUGCUUAGAUUUAAGGAACCUUUGACGGAUAAGGAGCUUAUGGCGCAAGCUGCAACAAUCCUGGCAGCCGGCCAAGAUACUACUUCGGUUGCGACAACUUGGGCGCUUUAUCUCCUUGCCCACCAUCCACAUAUCCAGUCCACCUUGCGGAGUGAGGUCCACAACCAUUUACCAUCACCCGAUGCGCAGGAUGAAACCGUCGAUGCACCACUUAUUGAAUCACUCCCAUAUCUCGCCGCAGUUUGUAACGAGACGCUACGACUCUUUCCCCCGGCUCCUGUUUUGCGAAGACAUGUCGUGAAGCCAGGCACAGUCGUCUUGGGUGAAUAUAUCCCUGUGGGAACAGUGGUGAUGACUUCUAUCUGGGGCACACACCGCAUGAAGAGCGUCUGGGGAUCGGAUGCUGGAGAGUUCAAGCCUGAGCGUUUCUUGCAAUCUGACGGAGACGGCAAGGUAAAAUUCGAUCCCCAUGCUGGGUUCAAAGGCGAGGAGGCGGUCUAUCGCUAUCUACCCUUUGGUGCCGGUCCCAGAAGCUGCAUCGGCGAAAGAUAUGCGCGAGGAGAAUUUGCAGCAUUGGUAGCUGGGCUGAUAGGCCGCUUCGAGUGGUCGGUCCUUGACCCGGGUCAGAAGAUGCAAGAGGAUGUCAAGAUGAACUUCGGCAUUGUCUCAAAACCAGAAGGCGGCCUGCUGCUUCGAACACGCAAGGUCGACUCAUGGUGA